AUGGCCAAUCCUCAGGCUCCGUAUCAUCAAGACGAGCCUGUAGAUGUACCUGGAAAUACGAGAGAAGACUUAGACCCCAGAGGAGAUCUUAUCCUCGUUGUCGGGCAACGGGAACUGUUGGUCUCGUCGAGGGUCCUCGAGUUGUCCUGCCUGUUCUUUGAAAAGCUGCUCCAAUGCAACGCGUUUUCAGAAGGCGUCGAACAACCAAACAGGAAACAACCACCUGUCAAGACAAUCCAUGAAGAGCACUCGGAAACCUUCAUAAAAAUAUGCGAAAUUGUGCACUACCGUCCGGUCCAGCCACCAGAAUCAAUCGAUGAUUAUCGCCUCGUAGCAGACCUAUGCAAUUUUUAUGGCUGCAGCUUGCCUGUAUCUGUUCAUGUCAGGGCGUGGCUGGACGCAUGGGAGUACUCUGCUCUUUCUAGUAAUGACCUGCAAACAUUGCUGUGGGUAACAUACGUCUUCCAUCUCCGAGAUCAGUUUCAACAGGUCAGCCUCCAUUUGGCCAAAGCUUUAUCAACUUCGGAAUGGAGGGCCUGGGAAGUGCAUCCCAUGCCUGCCCAAUUGAAAGACGAUAUGAGAGAGCAGUGCCAAAUGAUCAAGGUCAAAGCUCAACGACAAAUUGAAGCCGUCAUCGAUGAAGUCAGCACCGACGAUGAAAGACACAUCAGCAAACGUGACAAGGUUUGUGGGCAGUGUUUUCUCAACAAACCUUUGGCCACGAAAAAGUGUGGUAACUGUGGUUGCAGCGACUUCCAUGAUUACUUUUGCACGAGAGAGGUACGCUUAUUGCUUCUCAUGCAAUGGCUUCAAUUACAAGGGUAUUGGCCUUUGAGUCGUCUCGAUGAGCAAAGCUGCGCGAGCUUCUUGGGCAGCAUGCCGUUCCCCGCUGGUGGUCGAACUCCAUGCGGGUUCGACAACUCUUGCUCUCUGACAGGAGCCAAGGAGCGGCUGAUUCUAAGCCUACGAACGAUUCUAAAUAGCUUUGCCGGCUUGAAACUGGAAGACUAUCACUCCGAACCUCUCCUGGCCAUAUCCCCUCGCCAUUCCAUGGGGAAUGGACAAAUACCGAUGGAAGGACCACGUUGA